GAUCACAAAUCAAUCAGCUUCUACAGCAAGCACAAUACAAUAUUAUCACUCAUCCACAUUUUGCAGAUCAACUAAAACAAACCACCAUGAAAUCUUACGUAGCUGCCGUUUUAUUGUUGGCUCUUGCCGUCUGCGCUUCCGCCGAAGAGGCCAAACAGCAACAAGCUUCUCCUGUCAAGACAACCGACAAGCGCAGCAUCUACGGACUGGGUUACGGCUACUCCGCAUAUCACGCGCCACUCACCUACCCAGCUGCCCCAUUGGCUUUGCCCACAUCCUUCAUCUCGCCAUUGAAAUACCACGCACCAUUGUCUUACCCUCUGUCCUACCACGCUCCUCUCUCUUACCACGCUCCACUCCCCUAUCACGCUCCCCUCUCCUACCAUGCACCCCUCCCCUAUCACGCUCCCAUCUCUUACGCUUCCCCUCUGUCCUUCCACCAUGCACCAAUCUACAAGGCCCCUUACUUCGCCCCGUCUAUCUACUGAUAAUAUUGAUGAUAUUGCACUCGUCAACCAACUCGCUGUUGAAAUGAUGUAAAAA